AUGUGCCCACAGGACUGCCCAGACAGCAGCAGCCCCACCAAUGGGACCUUGAACACCAGCCAGGUGAUGGGCAGCACGGAUGUGAUCUACAUUGGCAUUGAGUGCCUGGUGGCUCUGCUUGCUGCCCUGGGGAACAUCCCGGUGGUCUGGGCGGUGAAGCUGAACGCAGCCUUCCACAACACCACCAUGUACUUCAUUGCCUCCCUGGCGCUGGCUGACAUUGCGGUGGGGGUGGUCGUCGUUCCUCUGGCCGUGUUGGUCAGCCUGCACGUCAGCAUCCCGUUCCAUUUCUGCCUCUUCCUCUGCUGCCUCAUGGUGGUUUUCACCCAAGCCUCCAUCCUUUCCUUGCUGGCCGUCGCCAUCGACCGCUACCUGCGCCUGAAGCUGCUCAUCAGAUAUAAAAUAAUCUCUACAGAGAAAAGGAUUUGGUGGGCGCUGGGGCUGUGCUGGUCUCUGUCCCUGCUGGUGGGAUUAACACCAAUGUUUGGAUGGAACAAAGGAAGAAGCGCCAGCUAUCACACGUGUGAAUUUAUCUCUGUGAUGAGGAUGGAUUACAUGGUGUAUUUUUCGUUCUUCAUGUGGACUCUUAUCCCUCUGAGCAUCAUGUGUGCUCUCUAUGUGGCAGUAUUUUACAUCAUCAGGACAAAGCUAAGUCAAGGAGCAACCAGCGGGAGAGGGAUGGGAGUGUUCUAUGGGAAGGAGUUCAGGAAAGCCAAAUCUCUGGCACUCAUUCUGUUCCUGUUUGCUGUGUCCUGGUUGCCUCUGUGCAUCAUGAACUGCAUUUUCUACUUUCACCCUGAAUAUAAGAUUCCUAAACCUUGGAUCUUCUUGGGAAUCUUAUUGUCUCAUGCCAAUUCUGCCAUGAACCCCGUUGUCUAUGCUUGCAAGAUAAAGAAGUUCAAAACCACUUACCUUUUAAUUUUAAGGACCUACAUCCUAUGCAGAAAAAAGCCCGAAGGCAGACUCAGUUCUUACAGAUUAAACACAGCAGCUGUCAUAGACACAGAAUGAACGUUGACCCACCAGCACACACCAGACCACUGAUAAAAUGCUUUAAGGAACUCAUGGGAAAAACAUGUCCUGUUUCAUCUGCUGCCUGACACAAACUGAUGAUAAGGGCAAGCUCCUCACACGCUAUCUGAUUCCCUUACGACAUUAAGCCCCAAAAGUUAAUUUGCAAACUUUUACAUUAUUAUAACCCAGUAAAUUUGGCUUGGUUGUUGCUGUACCAAGCCCAGACAUUCUCAGGUAAGCACCUCCCUUUAAGAGCACAUUCUGGUUCUUGUUUACUAACUUGAGUGUUGCUUGGCAGACUGUGACCCAAAGCACAGUUAUCAAGAUGGACUUUUUGCUUCCAGCUCCGAUCCACAGGC